AUGGCGUCCCACUUCCCCUCGCUCGCCGGCCUCCUCGCCCCACGCCCGCUGCUCCUCUACGCGGCCACGUGGUCAGCCGUCGCCGCCAUGUCCGUGGCAGUGGCGGCUCUCGCGCCCGAGCUCGCCUACGUCUGGGGCGUCGCGCCGGGAGCGCCGCUCACCAAGGCAUGCCCCGAUGGCAGCUUCGCGGGCGGCAGCAUCGGGCUGCCGCUCGAUGGGCCGCCGUGGGACGCCGUCUGCGUGCCCGCCGGUCUCUUCGGCCGGACCGUGCCCGACGUGGUCGUCCCGCUUGUUUUCGCCGUCGUGGUCGUCGCCGGCGCCACCGCCUUCACCGCCGCCGUCGGCGUGUGGGAGGACGAUGAAGACGACAUCGAGAUCACCGAGGUGGGACAGGUGUAGUAGACUAGUAGUACUAGUAAUGACGCUAGACCACUCGAGAUGUACUGCUCUCCAGUUUCAGAAAUUUGUCAGCGGCAACAAAGCAGAGACAAGUCUUUCUGAACUUUCCGUCAACUGUCUCUGUAUAUACAGUAUGUGACACUGAAGAAGUUUCAGGCAACAAAAAUCUCUGAAAGCAUGAUGAUUAUAGAGCUUCAAUCAUGCUCGGUCGAGCUAAUCAAGUAUGCAUAUGAGGGGCUGUACG